UCCUGUAAGAAGGCAGCCAUGUCGAGAGAACCAGGCCAAUAUUCCGACAUUGAGUCGGAAUAGGUCCCUUAAUAAACCUCGCCUGGAAGUAUGACAGAAGCAGAAAGUACCCCGAUUGUUAUUAAUUCUGAAGAAGAAGAUGAAGAUGAUGAUGAUAUAGUUGUGCUGAAGGAAGAAAAGGUGCCAAUUCCAGCAGAUGAUGAUGACGACGAUGAUGAUGCCGUCAUCUUCAUCGCAUCCACAAGCAUCACUAAAAGUAAAGACAAUACAACCCUGGGACCAAAAACAGAACCAUCCUCUUCCAAAGACUUAACCCGAAGCCUCAGUCUUACAUCUUCAUUUGAUGUAUCCCUUAAUUUGACAGGUCCAUUGGACUUGUCGAAACAUACAGAGCGGGAUGGCGACGAUGUCGUGGAUCCCACCACUGCUGCAGCCACAAGUGUCAAGCUGUCUGAUAAAGAAACAUUAGUUGAUUUGGAGGAGACAGAUUCUCAGCAGAGUUUAACCACAGAUGACCUUUUGGACAGUGUUGGUGGGUCCAGCCUAGACAAUUCCUUUGUUGGACCAGGUUCUCCCUCCGUUGACAGCAACAGCAGCAGCAACUCAUCAGUCUCCUUGCCAGCAACACCGCCGUUAAAAUGGAGCCCCCAACCAUCAACAUCAGGUGUGAAAACAAACAGUGGAGUUGGUGGGCCUCCAGACCUGGUCCUGCCCCAAGGGAAGGCAGGGUCACCAUGCAUUGAUGAUCUGAACUUUCUGGAACUGUUGCGGAAAUAUGACUACCCUUCAUCCCAGUCAACAGACAAUCAGUCAUGCAUGUCUUUAGGGACACCGUCACCGCCCUCUAUAUCAGUCCCCAGCCAGCCAGUCGGUGCAGUGCCCACACAUAUUCACUCCAACAGCUGUGAUACCACACUUUCUUCCUCGCCCACAAGUCUUUCAGCUAAUAGUAAGCAACUCCCGUGCAUUGGAACAAGCUCAAUGAUAUCACCAACUUCAAAAUCUCUCCUGCGAUCGGGAACAACCACAUGCCACAGAUAUUCCUCUAGUCAGGAUACGUUGCCUAGAACCAGUUCUUCUACAAGCUCAGUGUGUCAGUUUUCAGACCUUGUACAUACAACUCUGUCCUUAGAUAAAUCUUUGAACAUCACAACCUCACCAACUUCUCCAGUCUCAAAAGUCACAAUUUUGCCCAAACCAACAUGUGUGUCUACUGUUCAAAGCUCUGCGGGUCCAUCAACCUCAAGGACAGAUUUGAGUUCCAGUUCAGGAUUAGCUUCUGAAGCUGCUGCUGGUUCAAACUUGAAUUCAGAUUCCAGUUUAGGUUCCAGUUCUGUUCUUGCUUCUGGAGCUGGGUUACGAUCAGGAAACACUCAGUCGUGGACGACAGGGGCAUCCAGGUUGUCCCAGCUUAGUCUCCCUCCGAGAAAACGGGUGCGACCGGAUACUGUGAUGUCGCCGGUGUCGUCAUCGUCGUCGUCCAAGUCUGAUGAUGCAUGUGUGAACUGUAAGAGCAUCCUGCAUGACCUGAAAGUGUCACGGUGUACUCAGGGUCAUCCAGCCUGCUCCACCUGCCUUGAGGACCAGGUUAAACUUAUUCUUACAGACAAACAGGGUUCGCUGAAGUGUAUCAUGGUGAGCUGUGGCAGUUACUACCCCAUGAGUGAGCUAAAAUACACGCUUCCCUCCAUGGUUGUGGAGAUCCUGGAGGACAAGCUCCACAAGGAGCACAUCAACUUUGUGUGUGACAUGCUGCUGCCGGACACCGGUGGAGAGGACCAGACCGGAGCUGUCGCCAAAUCAGGGAAAACAGCCACCAAAGGUGAUGAAGCUUCGGCAGGCAAGAAACAGAAGUUUGAUGAGGAUGUUCUGAGUCUGUUCGAACCAUUAAAAGAGGUUCAGUCCUCGCAGGAUGAGGAGAAGAAACCAAAAUCUCCAGAGGAAGAUAAACCUCCUAAGUGGGACCCAAUGGACAAAAUGGUGAACCUUGUGAUUAUGGCACUAGAACCAGAGUCUGAUGAGUAUGUAGAAGUGGCUGUCAAUUUCUACAGCACACUGGCUUUCCCUUCUGCAGACAUCGUCAAAAUAUCCCGCGUCCAGAACCCCAUUCUCUGGAAAUACUAUCAACUGAAGCGCACGGAGAUGAUUCACGAGAAUGACGGCCACCAGGUGGAUGAACGCCAACUGUUCCAUGGCACGAACAGUUCCGUCAUUGAGGCCAUCUGCAAGAAGGGCUUUGAUUGGCGGGUCUGCGGGAAACAUGGAUGUGUGUAUGGACAAGGUUCCUACUUUGCGAAGGCUGCUUCCUACUCUCACCAGUACACGGAGAAGGUCAGUGGCAUCCGAUCCCGGAUGAUGGCCAUUCGCACCUUAAGUGCACUUACAUCCUCCAGUCGAACGUCUAGCUCGUCGUCGGUGUUCCGCCAGCCCCCAGGGAGCGUUCUCAUCGGACCAUUCAACCAGAUGCAAGUGAACCAGUUGUUACCUCACCACCUCCUCCCCCCUCCCGCCCACAUGCCUCUGGGGUCGUCACUAAUCUCCGGCAUCCACGGACAGCUCACCCCUCCAAGCACCGCGCCGCCCCCUCCCCCGCCUCAGUCCUCAUCUCGGAGCAAUCUCACAGUAAUAUCAAACAUCUACUCAGGGCCAAUGCCAACCAACAGUUCUAAUCCUGUAAUAAACUCGAACCAGAACCUCCAGGUGGAGUCCAACCUUCCAUCUUCCUCGGCAGGCAUCGCUCGGGGGUUUCCUCUGACCAACGUCGGCCGAUGUUCUGCGUUCAACACUAGCAAUAACAAUACAACGUUCCCCCCACAAGCCAACUUCCUGCGGCAGGGUUCUGAGCCCUCCCAACCGAGACAGAACAACUCCCAGAAAUCCACGAAAGAUGCCAAGGUCAGGGUUGUACCAAUGACAGACAUUACAUCGUCACAGACGAGAAAAAUGUUCCUCGCCAAGGUGCUUGUUGGGAAAUACACAGGCGGGAAUACAGGUCAUAGACGACCUCCACCUUUCUACUCAGCAGAACCAUACGGGAAGUGCUACGAUUCAUGUGUGGACAAUAUAUGGGACCCCAAGAUCUUUGUGAUUUUUGACAGUAACCAGGCGUACCCGGAAUACAUUGUUGAAUAUAAUGUGAUGAACGAGUGAUCCGAUACAGACUGUCCAGUUGUGUGCUAUGAUUACUUGUGACCAUUUCUCGAUGUUCUCCUAUGUGAAUGUGUAUAGUCCUGGGUACUGAGUAGUUUGUAGGCGGCUAGUAGGCGACCCGAAAACAAUGUACCAUUUGGAAUGGUUAUGUGUAAAUUUUGAUGUUCAUUAUGGUAAUCUUGACAUAAGAAUACAAGAAACACAAGGCAUCAUGGGAUAUGGCCAUGUGACAAUAAUCUUGAGAAAACAGCCUCUGACGAGACCUUAGGUUACAUUUCUUGUUUCUUAUCACUUGUUUGGAGGCACUGGGUUCCAGUCUUCUACAAUGCCGGAAUUAGCUGUGCGGAGUUGCCUCCCUUUGGUGAUUUCCUCCCACCACUGAAAUACUGCUUAAAACGGCAUUUAAGCAAACUCAGAAUCAAAAGUAACUUUUAAUUUGUUAAUAACCAAAAGUUAUUAUUAUAAUAGGACUAUGUAGCUUUUCAGAUCAGUAGCCUUUGUCCCCACAAUAACCACCUUUGGAGAUGGACAGGUGCAACACGACCAUAUUCAAGUUAAUCAUAUUCAUGCGUGAUGGGGUCAAGUAAAGGUCAUACCUCAAAUCAUCUUGAAAAUAACCUGACAUUUCACCAUGACAUUGAAGUUUAAAAUUUGUUUUUGUUUGAAUUUGAAUUUGAAAUCUUCAUGAUGUCACCCAUAAACUUUUUGUUUGAUCAGAUCAAUUCAUUGUCUAUUUAUUGUCUUGGUCACUAUGCUAAGAUACCAUGGUUCAUUUGACUUCCUUUUUAUUUUUGAUAUUUUUUUUAAUUGAAAGAAAAGCUGAAAUAAAAAUGCAAUUGAUAAAAUAAUCCGAAUAACAAGAAAACCAAUUGUUGAGAAUACAUUUAAAAAGGAUGUGAAGGAAUGUUCGGGUAAUGAGUUACGAGAAACAAGAUUUGAUUUUGGAUGUUUUAUUACUGGUGACUACUGUUAUAAGGAGAAUGACAUUGUGAAUAUUUAUUUAAUAUUGACUAUAACUAAUGAAAGUGCUAUGAAAAGAUAAUACUUGGUUGAUUAAUGUAGAAAGUUUAUCUAUUUAAUUGCUGAUUGUUACUGAACUGAUUGUUGUUGAACUAACUUUUAGACAGAAAUGAAAUAGGAAAAUGAUUGUAAUUCCAAAUCUUGCUGUUUCUCAGCUGAGCAAUUCUGAGUGCUUGGUUCUUCAUUGUGGAUAGUUAGGUACGGAUUAAGAUACUUUUCUUUGAGCUCUCAAUUCUGUAACAUUUACAUGUUUUAUUAGCAGUAAAACAUUUCAACUCAACAUGCUGAAUUAAAUUUCAUUGUUGGACUAUGAAUAGUAAUAACAGCAGUGCUCAUCAUUUUGAGUUUGAUGAAUUUUUAAGUUGAAUUUUUAAUCAAAUCAAGAAAAUGUUAUUGUUAUGGUUUUAGUGGAGUUAAGAAAAGGAAACCUAUUGUUUUAGCAAAACCCAUGUUGGCGGGUAACUAUUCAAUAUUUUGUUUUUGUAAAAGUGAACUUUUAAUCUUGUUGUCUUUGUUGGUCUUGAUGAGCGGUUGGCAGGUUUAUGUUCAGUUUUCAUCAUCAAUGUUAAUGAAUGUUUGUGGCUUACAGUUUAACGUGUUUCAGGCUUAAGAACGUCAUGUCGAGAUAUCGUCCAAUAACUAUUAUUGUCUAUAAGUAGCAGCUGACAAUUUUCAAACUAUUUUUAAUAUAUAUAUCAAAUACUGAAUUAGUACCACUGUUACAAAAGAAACCAGACUUAUUUCGAAAAUUGUUUAUUUAUUUUUGACAGAAGACAUUUUCGAACAGGAUCAUGUUUUGAAUAUUUCUAUUCCAUUAUUCUUCGUGAUUAAGUGCUAUGAGGUAAGCAGGAAUCUAAACUGAUUGCUGAAAGUUAACAAGGAGGUUAAUAUGGAGGUUUUACCCCAUCUGAAGUAGGGAAUAAUAGGAAAUAUCACCACAGUGUGAAUAACCACUGAACAGGCCAGGUGACUAUCAACUCGAUGCAGCCAUUUUGGUUACCAGUACCCACUGUUAGCUCACCUGAUCUCAAGUCCAGUGAGCUUAUGUCAUGGCUUGGUUGUCUGAAACUUUCAUCUUUGUGACUAUAACUCUACUCCUCCAGCUGCUGGACCAAUCCCACAGAGGAGCUGACCAUUAUGAUGUUGGCAGAAUCAUUACAAAAUUCUACAAGCACAAUCAAGUGAAAUUUUGUCAAAAAAAACAUUACCUGCAAUUUAGGCUGGUCAUUGACCUCGCUCCUGUCAUUGUCACAUACAUAUUCAAGUUUUAGGUGGUCAGUUAUGAAUGAAAAACAUUUGGCUUGUGAUCGAAUGGUUUACAUAUUUUGAGGAGUUGGAGUUAUAAAAUAUAACGCAUAUAAUGUUAUAAUCAAAACCUUUGGUCAGACAUGCCAAAAGUCUUCACAAAUAUUUUGUAAACAAGUAUAGUAUGACUCUAUAUUAUCGCGGUAUUGGUAAAUCUCAUUUCUUCAUUCUCUGUCGACUAUUUACUUACGCAAAACUAAGCACAAUAUUUCAUCGCAUGAUCGAAUACAGGACUCGUUGCGUAAUGUCACAGCUACUAAUGUUUUUGAAGUGGAAUUAUACCCACCUCCAUUCGAAAUUGGUCCGAAAAGAAUCCACUUGUUUGGAUGAUGUCCUUUGACCCAAUCUAGGUCGUAUGAAUACUGAUUAUGCAUAAUCCAAAACAGGAAGUGAUGUAAACCACAUAAUCCACACAUAUCACACACAAAAUAGUGAUUCCGCGAUAAUAUAGAAUUGCCCACCCUUGAGGAACCGGUACUUUGUUUACCAAACACGGUAAAGAAAAUCAGCAUCGAUCGAUCUUAAUUGAUGUCAUAAAGGUUGAAAAAAAGAACAAGAAACAUUUUGCCUAUGAUAUAUUUAAUAGGUUAGUAAGCAUUCGCCAUUACGAUCCAUUAUAAACUAACUACCGCGAUAAUAUAGCGUACAAUGCUAUUUAUUUCAGAUGACAAUUACCACAUAUAUUUGCAUCAAUUUGGGGUUAGCAUCUGUAGUGAGGGUUUUGUUGGGGCUAGGGGUGUUGCAGGCUGGGGUAUAUGUAUAUUUCUAACCUUAACAUGCUUAAUAUGGCUGUGAAUUUUGUGAGCAUGAUUGGGGCAAGAGUGGGUGUCAGAUUUUUAUAUGUUUGCUUGAUGUUUGCAAGGUCAUGCCUUCUUUUGGCAGUGUUGACAUUUGUUUCGGGGGAACGGGUAGCCCAGUCAUCUGUGGCAUCGCAAUUCACUGUGCAGAGUUGUGUCCCUUAGCCAUGCCAGGAUCCUCAGAUCAAGGGUUUCAAUUCCAGUUGUGAUCAGAUUAUGAUCCUUGUAUUUCAGCACCAAGCAUCUAUGACCUGCAUCACUUCUGGUUGGCCUCCAACAUUAAGCUGAUGUACUGUGAUAUAACUGAAAUACUGUGGUCACACUUAUCCUGUGGUUUCUAUGUAUAAUGUUAAAUGAUUUCAUUGUUAUUACUCGUCAUGAUUAACCAGUUAUGGGUUAAUUAGAAUUUCGGAACGGGUUUCAAAAUGUGGAAACCCGUUUUCGUUAUCCCAGUUUAAUAUUAAUAAUUGUUUGCAGUUACGAUUAUGAAACUAUCAAUUAUAAUUUUUUUGUCACAAUCUUAUGUAUUCACUAUUAAAAAAUUAUUCCAUUAUUAAUGAUGCCCCCCUUCAAGCAUAGCAGAGCCUAACCGUCUGUGGAUGUUUCGAAUGUUUUGAUAUAAAAAUGGGUUAUCGGAUACGGAAAGUUUCAGUAAGACGAGGAACUAGAUUCAAACCGGGACAUCCCUUGUUGCAGUGAAGGCAAUCCAACUCAAGUAUGCUAUCUGUCCAUGUUAAUGAAUCGUUCUGAUUGAACACACACCAGGUGAGCUCCAGUGCCUUGGCGCUACUUUUGACCGCACUCACAAAUAAGACGACAUAAAUUCCUUGGACACCCCCAGGUGUGUUACCUAUACAUCUCUUAAUAUAGGUUUACUUCAUAUCAGCAUCACUUCACAGAGAAAUCCACAAUGUUUGCUUGCUAUAAAAUCUAGAUUUUGAAUGAAUCUUAUCCAAUAAGUCCUAGAGUCAUGAAAUUGAGUUGACAUUUUUACUGUUUUUAUAUCUAAUCGUUUUUUUAUUUCUAAAAUGUUUUCCUUUCUGUCUGGGUUCCUAGUUUAGAGAUGUGAUAUUGUGUACUGUGUCACACCUUGACUGUUAGUUAAGUAUCAUAUUUAUUAGCUAGAUUAUGUAUAUAAACUGCAUCAUUUCGGUGCACAUUCACAUGUUCUUGUGAUUUAAUAUUAUGAUAUACAGUCAAACACCGUUGUGUCGAACUUUGAUCUGUCGAACUUAUGGUUGUCUCCAAGUAAAAGCACGGUCCCUGAGUAUUCCUUGUUUAUUCAGGGGGCACGGGUGGCCCAGUCGUCUAAGGCGGCGCGAUUCGCUGUGCAGAGUUGCGUCCCUUAGGCACGCCAGAAACCUAUGAUUAUUGGUUCGAAUCCCGGUUCGCCCCGGUUAUGUACCU